GUCUACUUAUCCUGAAAUACUUGCUCUAGUAAGUAAUAAGCGGGUGUAUAAAAAUCAAAGAUUUUUAUACUAAUCAAGGAACGGGCGAAGCUGGUCUUCAUAAUUCUCAACUCCCUGCCAGGUGUAUUUCACGGAUGCUUAGCGUCUCUCAGCGCCUGUCUCUUUGCAUGACUUGCAUAACACGAUAUAGUCUAAUAUGGAGAUCUUAUUCUUCUGUUCUUUAUAAUUAUAUGUUGAGACAUUUGAGUCACCCCUGCUGCUUGCUAGCGGCGAUAUAUCGUUUUGGUCUAGCGGGCUGUUCCAACAUUAUAUUUCAUCUUAUUCAGAAGCCUUAGAAGAUCAUUUUUCUAGCUGCUGCAGUCCAAUCACUAAACAUUGC